AUGGAGAAUCAUCUUAAUUUAUGCAAUAAUUAGAAGAAACUUGAAUUAUAUUUAAGAUAGUAGAUAUAAAAAUUCUAGAAAAGCAGAAAGAGUCCAAUGAUACAUAUAUACAUACAAAUAUAUGCAUAUACGCGCACUCAAGUUCAAUCACUCGUUCUAUCAAUAAAUAAUUCAUUCAACAACCUAUCUGACUAUUAUAUUAAACUUAUAUAAAAGAAUCUUUAAAUCACCUUUGAUUUAAGCAACAUAAAUAUAUACUGUCAUUUUUUAAUUAGGAUAACGCUUAUUAUUCUUUAUUUUUCGUAUUCUCUACUUAACUUAUAUAAUUACAUACAAUUACCUUUUUUUAAUAAACGUUAAAUUAUUUUUUCAACUUCUUUUGUUAAUACAGAGCCCUUUUGUUAAAAAUUUUCAAAAAAAGCCUAGUAAAACUCACAAAAACUACAUCAAAAAUUGCAUUUUGUUAAAUAAUUUUAAAGCUAAAACACCUAUAGCGCAAAACAGACAACAAAAUUUUAUAAUAUACAUAUUUCAUAAAUUUGUGACCUAUAUAAAUCUCUAUUAAUAUUUAGAAACAACUAGAAAAUGGAAUAAAUUAUUUAGUGA